AUGGCUACUGUCUAUUUUCUGCAGAACGUCUCCCUUGUUUUGACUAGCAGCUCAUUCUCACCGCCAUCCACCGCGGUCAUCGCCAUUGUCCUCCUUCUCCCGGUCGAUGUCUCUUCCACUUCCACUCUCUCUUUGAUUGAUUGUCUUUCUUUCCCAACCUCGUUUUCGUUUCCCCUUACACGCUCUCUCUUUCCUGUACUCUCUUUACUUACUAUUUCCUCUCUGCUCCCUUUCCCCUCUCUUUUCUGUCCUCUCUUUUCUCACUAUUUCUUCUCUCCUGCCUUUCCUCAUUCUUUUCUCCACUCUCUUAUCUACAAUAAUUUCUCUUCUCUUUCUUUUCUCCACUUUUCCACUCCCACUCCUCUUUCUUUCCCUCUUCCUCUUGUCAUAUCUUAUUUUCACCCUCUUUCUUUCUCUCGUUAUCCUCUCCCAUUAAUAGCUUCUCUAUCCGCCACCCCCUCUCUCUCUCUCUGGCCCUCUCUUUUUUCCUCAUUUUUAUUUCCCUUUCUUUCUCUCUUUUCCCCCACCAUCUUAUCUCCUUUUCUCUCUAUUUCCUUUGUUUAUGCCUUUCUCCCUCUACUUCUCUUUCUACCCCUUACUUUUCUCCUUUUUCACAACUUCAGUCUCACUUUCUUCAUGGUCGGUUUUAAACAAACCAGCCUGAAUGUCCGCAGUACCUUGGUAAUAUUGUCAUAUAUUUUUUUAAGAUAA